UGGACAAACAACUUAGUUUUCAAAGAGUUUAUAAAAGUAAAUCUAACUCAUUCAUUGAAUUGUAUUUGCAUUUACAUGAGAAGAAAGAUUCAGUGAGAAACAACAAGAUUGGUGUUCUGCUUCCUUCAUAACUUUCAUUUUCGGUCCCUUCAAUCUUCUUCAUUAUAUCUUCUCACAAACUGCCAAAGUUUAUUGAAUAGGAGAAGACAAAUAAGCAUGGAAAACAAUUUCUCUCACACCCCAAAACUUGCUGUUAAUCUCAAAAACCUUCCUCCAAUCGAUCCCUUUCAAAUCACAAGUCCUUCCUCUAAUUCAAAGAAUAAGAUGAACAACAGUUCUUGUAGCAGAACUGCUGUUAAAGCUGUAAAGCGAAAACCUAGUCUGAGAAAGUUUCGUGCUUCUGAUAAAGACAUUGUCAAAGAACCCUCAUUGGAAAUGACGAAAAUUGCAGAUGAGGGAGCUUCUUCAACUUCAUCUAACGAAAAGAGUGAGUCUUGUGGCACCUCAACAACUCCGUCUCAGACACAAGAAGAUGUUUCUUCUAUCAAUUUGAAUUUAGGUAUGAAGAAAGGAACUGCAAGGUCUAAUUUGUAUGAAAUCUGUGCUGCAAAUCAUUGGAAACCCCCAAUCUUUGAAUGUUGCAAAGAGGAAGGCCCAAGUCAUGAGAGAAUGUUCACCUUCAAGGUUAUCAUUACCAUAGAAGCAUCAAGAAACACAUUAGAGUGCUAUGGUGCCCCUCAUCGGAAAAAGAAAGAAGCAGCAGAUGACGCAGCUGAGGGAGCAUUAUUUUACCUCAAGUAUAACCAAUAAAUAGAAAGUAGGUUAUUGGAUAUCAUCAGCAGCCAAGUCUUCUACUAUUUCAUUCUUCGGUGAUACUCUCUAAACUCGGUAGCCAAUGAUCAGAAGAAGACCAUACAUUCUUAGGAGAGCUUCUUAACCCUUUUCCCGUCAAAUCUUGUGUCCUCCUUCUGGUUAAUGUAUUGUCAUUACGAGGUUAUUUGUUUUCUUUGCAGUGCUUUUAUUCAUGAAGACACAACAAGUGGAAGGCAUACCAUCAUCUUUUUCCUCUUUGCUGGAUUGUGUGUUUCUAAUCUCAUAAACUGAAGAACUGGUUGCAGUUUCAUGAGCAGGAGAAGGAGAGCUCCUUGGAGAUAGCCCUUGAAGCUUUCUUAUUGUGCUCAAUGGUACUACAUAGUACUUUUGUCCAAGCACAAGCUUUGCAUCUGGUUCAACAACUGCCCAUGGUUGCUGGAACACAUUUGGAUAUGUUACACAACAUCUUGGAUAGCGGCACAUAAUCUCAGCUGCAGUCACUGGUCUGUCAUGGAGCUCAACAUGACCACCACGAUGGACAAUAUGUAGAAGCGUGGUCUUUGGAUUCUUUGCCGAAAUCCGGCGUGGAAAUGGCAUGGUUUCCCUGUGUUUGGGGAGUUCGGGAAGGGGUGGGGGAGAAGCUAUUCUAAACUCAUUAGGAAGAGUAUUUAAGUAGUUCAUCAAGGUGAAGUGGUAAAAGGAAAAUUUCAAGACAUGUUGCCUUGGCUGUUAGUGAUUUCCUUCAUUGGUAGUAUCGUUAAAAUUGUCUCCUAUCGAGGCAUAGUAGAUUGAAUCUUCUGUAUCAUUCAUGUUUCUCUUGUUUUCUUUUCCAAGAUUGCAUUUAUGCCUACUAAGAUGACAUGAAAAGGAACUCUACACAAGAUGCUCCCUUAUAAGUGAAGAAAAUUAAGUGAUUAAAAUAAAACUUCUAUGCCAAUGUAAUUAAAUAUUUGAAAAUAUUAGUUCAAA